AUGUUGAAACGGUACAGCAUCAUUUCUCAGUCAGAUCCAUGUCAUAGGAUUGGAUGGAUGGAUGGAUGGAUGGAUGGAUGGGACAGGUCAUCCAUCAGCAAUGUUCCCCGCGCAGAGCCGCAACAGCAGCGAACCAUGAUAAAAGGCAGCGACUUGGACUGUCUGACUGUCACCCACACCUACGAUACACCUUUUCAAGAACUCUCAUGA